AUGUACAGGGAAUGUAAAACAUACACAGAAGGAAUUCACUUAAUCUUUGACUGUGGCUUUAUGUUCCUUCCUUUGGCUCAUCUGGUAUUGACUGAUAAGGCCCUGGGCCUGCUACUUGUUGCUUGCGUUUCAAUACAAACAAGUGCUGGCUGCAGGAUCAAGUCUGAAGAGUGGUGGUCAGUGGCUCCGUGUCUGGAUGGAGGUUGCGUGUUUGAGGGUGACGCGGCCGCCGCCAGAAGCAAAGCGGGCGCCGCUGAGGCCGCCAGGGAAUCGGGAAAGCGGCAGGAGGACAUACCGUCGGGAGCUGGGCUGGGGAAAACCAGAAGGGAUGCUGAGGUCGACAGCAUGGAAGGUGCGAUUUCAGGAAAGAAGCCGAAACUGGAAGAUGUCACGUCAGAAGAUAAUAGUCUGGCAGACCUGAUGCCACAUGUGAAGGUUCAAGCUGUGGAAACUGUUGAAGGCUGCACACAUGAGGUUGCACUUCCAGCAGAUGAAGAGUUCACAGGUCUGAAGCCAAGAACUGGAAAACCUGCAAAAGAAUACCCAUUUAGUCUUGAUGCCUUUCAGAGAGAAGCUAUUCUGUGUGUAGAUAAUAACCAGUCUGUAUUGGUGUCAGCUCAUACCUCAGCUGGUAAAACGGUGUGUGCAGAGUAUGCGAUUGCCUUGGCCUUGAGGGAAAAACAGCGUGUGAUAUUUACAAGUCCAAUUAAAGCCUUGAGUAAUCAGAAGUACCGUGAAAUGUAUGAAGAGUUCCAGGAUGUUGGUUUGAUGACUGGAGAUGUCACCAUUAAUCCUACAGCUUCUUGUCUGGUGAUGACAACAGAGAUCUUGAGAAGUAUGCUCUACAGAGGUUCUGAGGUUAUGCGAGAAGUUGCAUGGGUUAUUUUUGAUGAAAUCCAUUACAUGAGAGAUUCAGAACGUGGAGUGGUUUGGGAAGAGACCAUUAUUUUGCUCCCUGACAAUGUUCAUUAUGUGUUCCUUUCUGCAACUAUUCCCAAUGCUCGUCAGUUUGCUGAAUGGAUUUGCCAUCUUCACAAACAGCCUUGCCAUGUGAUAUAUACAGACUAUCGACCUACUCCACUGCAGCAUUACAUAUUUCCAGCAGGAGGAGAUGGACUACGUCUUGUUGUUGAUGAAAAUGGAGAUUUCAGAGAAGAUAAUUUUAAUACAGCAAUGCAAGUGCUUAGAGAUGCAGGAGACUUAGCAAAAGGAGACCAGAAAGGCAGGAAAGGAGGAACAAAAGGCCCUUCCAAUGUAUUUAAGAUUGUGAAGAUGAUCAUGGAGAGGAAUUUCCAGCCUGUAAUCAUUUUCAGCUUCAGUAAGAAGGAUUGUGAAGCCUACGCUCUUCAGAUGACAAAAUUAGAUUUUAAUACAGAUGAAGAAAAAAAGAUGGUUGAAGAAGUGUUCAAUAAUGCAAUUGACUGUCUGUCAGAUGAAGACAAAAAACUUCCUCAGGUCGAGCAUGUGCUGCCUCUUCUGAAACGUGGAAUAGGCAUCCAUCAUGGUGGUCUGCUUCCUAUCUUAAAAGAAACCAUAGAAAUUCUUUUCUCAGAGGGCCUAAUAAAGGCCUUAUUUGCAACAGAAACUUUUGCUAUGGGAAUUAAUAUGCCAGCCAGGACUGUGCUGUUUACGAGUGCCUCCAAAUUUGAUGGGAAAGAUUUCCGAUGGAUCUCCUCAGGUGAAUACAUUCAGAUGUCAGGUCGUGCAGGUCGCCGAGGUAUGGAUGACAGAGGAAUAGUAAUUCUUAUGGUGGAUGAAAAAAUGAGUCCAACGAUUGGCAAGCAACUUUUAAAGGUAGGAUAAAUGUAACUUUUUAAU